AUGUCGAAAGAAAAUUCCGUAGCAAUUAAAAAAAGACACCCAGACUUUUAUUCACCAUAUGAUGAUCAUCCAUCGAACUUGUUCGCAUGGAAGAAGUCGGUGCUUCCAAGAGUCAUUCCUCAAGCACUUCUCAUCACUGUUUUUUCGGUAUUGAUUGUCGGACUUUGGAAGUUUACAAUUCUCAAGCUUGGAAUUAAGUCGAAUUUUAUCACCAUAAUUGCUUUUGUCGUGUCUCUUUUGCUUGCCUAUAGGACCAAUACUGCCUAUGACAG